AUGGCACCCUCAGGCACAAUCGCUAAGACCCAGGGUCUCGCCAUGGGUGGUGAUACGUCCAAGAAGACCAAGACCCCCUCCAAGGAGACGACGAACGGCACAACCACCACAAACACUGAUAGCGACAAGACAAACGGUGAUGCCGCAAACGGAAGCACAAACGGAAACACAGAAGAUACCGAAGAAGCAUCUGCCGACACCAAGGCCGACGGGAGCGAAGAGCCCAAAGAGCCCAAGAAGCCCCUUGCCCCCUUCGGCUCCAUCGCAUCGCCCAAGAACAUCUACAAGUCGCCCAAGGACAGCGACGGCAACUGGACCUGGGUCGACAAAUACCCCGAAGACGUCGAGGACGCGGCCGAGAACGAGGAGACGGCGCAGUACGCCGUCGUCGUGCGCAACGUCAAGAGCAACGACAGCCGCAAGAAGCUCGAGGCCGACUCCAUCGUCAUCCAGAGCCCCUGGCUCAAGAAGGCGCUCGCCGACGUCCUCGACGGCUACACCGGCGUCGCCUGCGAGCUGGACCGCCUCGAGUUCGAGGCGCCCUUCCGGCCCUUUGUGCACCGCUGGACCGAGUUCCGCAAGUACCUGGACAACAAGGACCUCGACGACACGACCAGGGAGCACCUCGUUAUCCUCCGCGACAUCCUGCAGUACGAGAUCGGCCACAGCAUCAAGGCGUUCGAGGACUACGUCGUCAAGGGCGUCAUCACGUUCGAGCACCUCUGGAUGAUGUUCCAGCCCGGCGCCGUCGUCCUCGCCGCCCACAAGGGCCCGCUGUCGGCCUUUGAGCUCGACGAGACCGAGUACAUGGAGAACCAGUGCGGCAAGUUCCUACAGCUGCGCGCCGACUGCGUCGACUACGGCGGCAAGACGUUUGGCCGCCACCGCGAGAAGAUCAACAUCCCCGAGUUCCUCGGCACCAAGAAGAUCACGGGGCUCAACGCCUACCCCUGGGCCUUCCACCCGGACAGGGAGGCCCUGCGCGCGGCGCUGGUCCGCCGCGGCAGCAUCUUUGAGGAGCUGGCCGGCCACCACUACAAGCAGUACUCGGGCACCGCCAUCACCUGGGACCGCGAGGGCAACGAGGUGCCCAUCCAGGUCGAGGGCCGCGUCGUCAUCGACAUCAACUCCUUCAACCGCUUCAGCCCGUACUACAACACGCGCUACCUGAACGACUGGACCGCCAAGGACGCCGAGGCCCUCUCGGCGUGGAAGCGCCAGCACGGCGGCCCGGGCAAGGACGGCAGCAACCCCAAGCUGACGCCUUACCACCAGAUGCUGGCGCGGUCCCGGACGCGCGGCUACUCCCUCAAGCUCAAGAAGUGGCUCGACUUCUUCGUCGAGCAGGUGACGGAGAUCACGUGGAACACCAACGCCUUCGACAAGCUCGUGCUGCCCGAGGACCAGAAGGAGCUCAUCCUCGCCUUCUCCGAGUCCCAGCUGGACGGGUCGACGUUUGACGACGUCAUCUCGGGCAAGGGGAAGGGCAUCAUCUGCCUGCUCUCGGGCCCGCCCGGCGUCGGCAAGACGCUGACGGCGGAGGCCGUGGCCGAGAACCUGCGCGUGCCGCUGCACACGCUGAGCUCCGGCGACCUGGGCUCGGAGCCGUGGGAGGUGGAGAACGGCCUCGCGCGGAUCCUGGAGCUCGUGGCGCGGUGGGACGCCAUCCUGCUGCUGGACGAGUGCGACGUCUUCCUCGAGGCGCGCUCGGCGCACGACCUCGAGCGCAACAAGGUCGUCUCCAUCUUCCUGCGCACGCUCGAGUACUACGAGGGCAUCCUGUUCAUGACGACGAACCGCGUCGGCAACAUCGACCCGGCCUUCCAGUCGCGCAUCCACGUGUCGCUCGAGUACCCGGACCUGACGGCGGAGUCGCGCCGGCUGAUCUGGGCCAACUUCUUGAAGGGCGCGACGCUGGAGAGCGAGGUCUCGGACGAGGACGUCGCGGAGCUGGCGGCCUUGCCACUCAACGGGCGGCAGAUCAAGAACGUCCUCAAGACGGCGCAGCUGCUUGCUGCGAGGAAGAAGAGCCCGCUGCGGCGCAGCUUCAUCGACGUCGUCCUGAACAUUGAGAAGAGGCGUCCGCAGUCAUCUUCGUGA